GCUUUUUACAAAACAAUAAUAAGGACAUGAGGAAGUGUUGGUGAACACUAGGGAGCUCAUCGCCAAAGCUCCUGUCGCCUUUUUGAGCUGACAAAAUGCAUCUUUUAUCCCUCAUCGUGUUCAGUUUUUGGUUCAGUUCGGGAAAAACGUUCGGAGAAGAUCAGCCCAUUCAAACAUUUGUGAUUCCUCACAGCCACAUGGAUGUAGGCUGGGUGUACACCAUCCAGGAGAGUAUGCACGCCUAUGCGGCCAACGUGUACAGCAGCGUGACGGAGGAGCUGUCAAAGGUGAAGGAGCGCAGGUUUAUCUCUGUGGAGCAGGAGUUUUUCAGACUGUGGUGGGACUCAGUGGCCUCGGACACUCAAAAGAAACAAGUAUGGACACGUAUCUACAAUCACAUGAUUAGCUAUCUGUACUGACUAGAAGUGCGACGCUGCAUAUUUUGGUGUCUGAUUCGAUACCAAGUA